ACCACCUUCCCUCUUCAUCUCCACCUUCUUUCAUUGUGAAUAUAUCUCUCUCUUUCUAUUCUUUCUCUUCUCCACCAAAUACAAACACCAUUUUAAUACACAAAACAAAGAACCCAUUUAGAAACAAUAACAAACACUAUCAAUACAAUGGGAAAGUGCCAAUCUUCAACGCUUUUCUUCUUCUUCUUCUUCUUGUUUAACUUUAAAUUAAAUCUUUCUCUUUCUCCUGAUGGCCUUUCCCUUCUCUCUUUAAAAUCCGCCGUCGAUCAACCAUCGGAGAAUUCUCCUUUCGCCGACUGGAAUGAAGACGACUCCACUCCUUGCCGCUGGACUGGCAUUUCUUGCAUGAACAUAACUGGAUUUCCUGACCCGCGUGUCGUCGGAAUUGCAAUCUCCGCGAGGAAUCUUCGUGGGUAUAUUCCAUCGGAGCUAGGAACUCUAGUUUAUCUCCGGCGACUCAAUCUUCAUAACAACAACUUUUAUGGGUCAAUUCCGGCUGAGCUGUUUAACGCUACUUCACUUCACAGUCUCUUCCUUUAUGGUAACAAUCUUUCAGGUCCUCUCCCUCCUUCGAUCUGUAAUCUUCCUAGACUCCAAAAUCUCGAUCUUUCUAACAAUUCUUUGUCGGGUCCUUUGCCGGAGAACUUAAACAAUUGCAAGCAGUUGCAGAGGCUAGUUUUAGCGCGAAACAAGUUCUCCGGCGAAGUUCCUGCUGGAAUUUGGCCGGAAUUAUACAAUUUAAUUCAGCUUGAUCUUUCCUCUAAUGAGUUGAACGGAUCAAUUCCCAAUGAUCUCGGCGAACUCAAGUCUUUGUCUAAUACAUUAAAUCUCUCUUUCAAUCAUUUAUCCGGCAGAAUCCCAAAAUCAUUAGGAAAUUUACCGGUCACCGUUAGUCUUGAUCUACGGAACAAUAAUUUAACCGGCGAAAUACCUCAAACGGGGUCUUUUGUUAACCAAGGACCAACUGCAUUCCUUAACAAUCCUCUGUUAUGCGGGUUUCCUCUCCAGAAACCGUGUAAAGAUACGCAGAGCUCUCCGACGAGCCAGAAUUCGUCCCCGGAAUCCGGUAGUAAUUCCAAGAAAGGAUUAAGUUCUGGGUUGAUCAUACUGAUAUCAUUAGGUGAUGCUGCUGGUGUAGCUUUUGUUGGUUUAGUUCUAGUCUAUAUCUACUGGAAAAAGAAAGAUGAUGCUGAGAGCUGCAGCUGCGCCGGGAAGACUAAGUUUGGCGAGAAUGAGAAAUCACAUGCCUGUUCUAUCUGCUCCUGCGUUAAUGGUUGCAAAAGCGAGGAUUCUGAAGCUGAGGAUGUAGAGAAAGAAGAAAAAGGGAAAGGAGAGGGAGAACUAGUGGCCAUUGAUAAAGGUUUUAGCUUUGAGCUUGAUGAGUUGCUUAGAGCUUCAGCUUAUGUGUUGGGUAAAAGCGGGUUGGGGAUUGUGUAUAAGGUUGUGCUUGGAAAUGGGAUCCCGGUGGCUGUGAGGAGGCUUGGCGAGGGAGGAGAACAGAGGUACAAAGAGUUUGUAGCUGAAGUUCAGGCUAUUGGGAAAGUUAAACAUCCAAAUAUAGUGAAAUUAAGAGCUUAUUAUUGGGCUCCUGAUGAGAAGCUUCUUAUUAGUGAUUUCAUCUCCAAUGGCAACUUGGCAAAUGCUCUUCGAGGGAGAAAUGGUCAGCCAUCGACAAGUCUGUCAUGGGCAGCGAGGCUAAGAAUUGCCAAGGGAGCAGCCAGAGGCUUAGCCUACCUCCACGAAUGCAGUCCAAGAAAAUUUGUUCAUGGAGACAUCAAACCAUCCAAUAUUCUCCUAGACAAUGAAUUCCAGGCUUAUAUUUCUGAUUUUGGCCUAAAUAGACUAAUUAAUAUUACUGGAAACAAUCCUUCUUCCUCAGGUGGGUUUAUUGGUGGAGCUUUACCUUACAUAAAGUCUGUCCAAACUGAACGAACCAAUAACUACCGUGCUCCUGAAUCUCGUGUUCCCAGCAGCAGACCAACCCAAAAAUGGGAUGUUUAUUCAUUUGGAGUAGUAUUGCUAGAAUUGCUUACAGGGAAAUCUCCUGAGCUUUCACCAACUACAUCAACUUCUGUAGAAUUACCAGACCUAGUAAGGUGGGUAAAGAAAGGUUUUGAAGAAGAGAACCCAUUAUCAGACAUGGUAGAUCCAAUGUUGCUUCAAGAAGUUCAUGCCAAAAAGGAGGUAUUAGCAGUUUUUCAUGUGGCCCUUGCCUGCACUGAAACAGACCCUGAAGUUCGACCCAGAAUGAAAACUGUGUCUGAAAAUCUUGAAAGGAUUGGCACAUAGAAGAAGAAAAUUUGAUUUUUUGAAGCUUCUAUUUUCAGUUUUCUUGAUCUUUGCAAAUGGGCACUCUCCAGUUUUGCAGUGGUGAAUUUUUUUGGAGAGAUUGAGGUAGAGCUGCUUAAAAGAUAGCUUUAGCCACCUUGGUUUAACUUCAGCUUUCAAUGACAGAAAGAUCAGAUCAAAAACUAUUUGGAGUCAGAGGAAGUUUUCUUAGCAUAGUUGAGAAAUUGGGUGUACAUUUUUUUUUCUUUUCUGAUAUAUGAGGAAGUAUGUAUGUAGCUGUAUUUGUAAUUUAAAUUUUCAUCCAUUUCCAAUGGGAUUUGUUGUAAUAAAAAUGUCUUCCAUUUAUUUGUUAUCUUCUAUUCUUAUUUUU